AUGAUUGUUCUGCUGAUUGCCCUGCCGAACAAUCCAAACACUGCGCUGCGGUGGAAUUCGAGUGCCGUCACGGCUAAUUGCUUUCCAAUCUGUACAGUCAUGGCGGGCAACUCCUCCCACCCUAUCCACAUCCACCCGGUCCGACCGCUCUACCGCUUCACUGCGACUGCAUUGGGCGCUAGCAUGUGGUUCUUCCUUAUGUACCGGGCCAAGAAGGAUGGUGCCGCUCUGUUGGGCUGGAAGCACCCUUGGGACCACUGA